GGUUCCUGUAAAAAUUGAUCUACUCAACUUCUCUUCCUUACUGGUCUUCACGUCUUGCUCUCAUAGACUCUUAAGAUUUCGUGCGCUGAGCGUGGAUCUGAAGCAGCCAUGGCUGGCGGAGUUAUGGUCAGUGGGGGUGGCGGCAGCGAUUUCGAAGCCAAGAUCACUCCUAUCGUCAUUAUUUCUUGCAUAAUGGCCGCCACCGGAGGCCUUAUGUUCGGAUACGACGUCGGCGUUUCAGGUGGAGUGACGUCGAUGGCGCCAUUCUUGAAGAAAUUCUUUCCGGUAGUAUACAGAAAGACGGUGGAGGAGAAAGGGCUGAACAGUAAUUAUUGCAAGUACGACAACCAAGGAUUGCAAUUGUUCACGUCGUCUCUGUACCUAGCGGGUUUGACAGCGACCUUCUUCGCUUCCUACACCACCAGAAAGUUGGGACGGAGGCUGACGAUGUUGAUCGCCGGUCUCUUCUUCAUCGCCGGAACCGUCUUCAAUGCCGCUGCUCAAAACCUUGCCAUGCUCAUCAUCGGUAGACUUCUACUCGGUUGCGGCGUUGGUUUCGCUAACCAGGCUGUGCCGGUUUUUCUCUCCGAGAUCGCUCCGACGAGGAUACGUGGAGGAUUGAACAUACUGUUCCAGCUCAAUGUCACUAUCGGCAUCCUCUUCGCUGAACUUGUCAACUACGGCACCGACAAAAUCAAAGGUGGAUGGGGCUGGAGGCUAUCUCUGGGAUUGGCUGGCAUUCCUGCGGGACUCCUAACCUUAGGGGCUCUCCUGGUGGUGGACACUCCCAACAGUCUCAUCGAACGUGGUCGCUUGGAAGAUGGCAAAGCUGUGCUGAAAAAGAUAAGGGGCACCGACAACGUCGAGCCUGAGUUCCUAGAACUGGUUGAGGCAAGCCGUAUCGCUCAAGAGGUCAAGCACCCUUUCAGGAAUCUUCUCAAGCGCAGGAAUCGACCCCAACUGGUCAUCGCCAUUGCCUUGCAGAUCUUCCAGCAGUUCACCGGUAUAAACGCCAUCAUGUUCUACGCUCCAGUUCUGUUCAACACAUUGGGUUUCAAAAAUAAUGCUUCCCUUUACUCUGCCGUGAUCACCGGCGCUGUUAAUGUCCUAUCCACUAUUGUUUCCAUCUACUCUGUGGACAAAGUUGGACGUCGGAUGCUCCUCCUGGAAGCUGGUGUCCAGAUGUUUUUAUCCCAGGUGGUGAUUGCUGUGAUCCUAGGAAUCAAAGUGACGGACCACUCUGAUGAUCUUUCGAAAGGAUUUGCGAUCCUUGUCGUCGUUAUGGUGUGUACUUUUGUGUCCGCGUUUGCUUGGUCAUGGGGGCCUCUCGGGUGGCUCAUCCCCAGUGAGACGUUCCCUCUGGAGACUCGCUCGGCGGGGCAAAGUGUGACCGUCUGUGUCAACCUGCUCUUCACCUUCGUCAUAGCACAAGCUUUCCUCUCCAUGUUGUGUCACUUCAAGUUCGGGAUCUUCCUGUUCUUCUCCGGAUGGGUCCUGAUCAUGUCCUGCUUCGUCCUCUUCUUGCUCCCUGAGACCAAGAAUGUGCCGAUCGAAGAGAUGACGGAGAGAGUAUGGAAGCAGCACUGGUUCUGGAAGAGGUUCAUGGAAGAUGACGAUCAUGCUGUGGUUGGCAAAGUAGCCAAUGGUAAAAAUGGGCACGGAUUCAAUCCCUCUUCCCAGUUGUAAAUAUCGAUAUCACCGCAUACGAGUAAUUUAGGCUCCAUACGUAGUAAAUGCUUGAACAUAAGUUGACCCUGUUUCCGAAAGCAAUGUAAUAUUUCAGACAUUUUCCUCUAGGGUUUCACUUUGGUUUCUCUUCCGGGUACCAAGAGAGAUAAUAUUAUUCGAAUACAUAUUUCUAUUUUUCUUAUGGCGGAAAGAAGUGUUGUAAUUUGGAUUAUAAAGUAGAGGUCAAGAAUACUUCCUUUAUCCUCUUU